AUGAAUGAUGAUAAUGAAAGGAUAAAUAGUGAAAUUCUAGAAAAACAAUAUGAAAUAAUAAAAUGUGCGAAAUAUCAAGACUUCAUUAGAAUGCAGAUAUUAAUACAACCAUAUAUUCUAAAUAAUGAUAUUGAAAUGCUGAAUUCUAUAAACAUUUUACAUUGGUCUUGUUAUUGUGGAUUUACUGAAUUAGUAAAAAAAUUAAUUGAUCUAAAUUGUGAUGUUGAAAAAGAAGAUUUAGUAAAUAGUGACACAUCUAUCUAUUACGCAAUUAAAAAUAGUAAUUAUGAAAUUGUUUUAUUAUUAAUAAAAAAAUUUGGUGCCUCUAUUUUGUUUCAUAAAAAUAGAAGAAAAAUGAGUCCAUUUUUAACUGCUAUUAGUGAAUUUAACGAAGAUAAAAUAUUAGAAACAUUACAUAUUUUAGAAUUGUUAUAUAUGAAUGGGAUUAGCUUAGAAGAACAAAAUGAACAUGGACAAACUGCAUUAUUUUUAAGUGUAAAAAAAAAUAACAUAAGUACAUUACAAUGGUUAUUAAGUAAAAACGUAAAUAUAAAUCAUCGGGAUUUUUAUGGGAAUACUAUUUUACAUAUAGCUGUUCGAUAUAGUGAUAUAGACAUUAUUAGAUUGUUGUGUGAUUAUGGUUGUUUAAAUUUGGUGUAUUGUUCUUCUAUUGAAAAUAAAAAUACCAACGUAUUUCAAUUAUGUAUUAAAAAUAGAUAUUUUUUAAUAUAUAUACUACUAAAAAAGUGGAUAUUACAAAAUAAAAUUUGUAAAAAUUUAAAAAUAUGUAAAACUAUUUAUGCUUUCUAUUUUUGGUUUUUUUCUUUAUUAAAUUUAAUUAUAUAUUUCAACAUAUCAUAUUCUUUUUCAUUAAUAACUAAAUAUCAAACCUUAUCUAUUGUAUGGCUAUCUUUGUGGAUUUUUCAGAAAUUUUUGUGGUGUCUUUUAUAUUUUAGGAGUCCAGGUUUUUAUAAAGAGAAUAAUGUGUUUAAUAAAAACAAGAAAUAUUCUAAUUAUAUUUAUGAUGGAUCGUUUAAAAGAAAAGCAGAAUAUCAUUUAAAUAGUAUUGAAAAAGAAAUAUAUCAAAUAAAUAAAAAAAUCAUUUCAACAAAUAUUAAUUCUUCAAAUGUACCCAAUUUUAAUGAUUCUUUAUUUAACAAAUAUAACGAUUUAUUACUUAACUUAGAAUAUCAAAAGUUAUCAUUGUAUUCUCAUGUAUCUCAAGAAAGGAUUAAUUCUUUAGAUAUCAAUUAUAGAAAUGCUAUAUUAAAUAAUCAAAAUCCUAGAAAUGUUUGUGUUACUUGUAAAAUAAUUAAACCCGCUAGAGUACAUCAUUGUGCUGAAUGCUUUCAUUGUGUAAUACAUCAAGAUCAUCAUUGUGUGUGGGUUGACAAUUGCAUAGGAAUAAAAAAUCAACGUUGUUUCUAUAUUUUUAUAUUAUGUGUUUUAGUACUACUAUUAUAUAAUUAUUAUUAUGUUUUCAUUUAUUUUCAAAUGUUUUCUAAAACUAUCAACUAUGUAUUUGGUUUGUUAGUUAUUUUAUGUAAUUUCAUUAAUUUUACAUUAUUUGCAUUCAUAGCAUAUUUAUUUGCACGUAAUACAAGAACUAUAUUGACAAAUAUAACCUUUUAUGAACAUUAUAAAAAGCCUAGUCACAUUACUGAAAAAUAUAAUACUGAUUUAAGAUGUUGGGAUUUUCAAAAUUUAAAUUUCAAAAAAAUAUUGAAAAAUAUAUAUUAUUUUUGGUCAUUAAAUUAUGAUGAAUCCUACAUACGGCAAUCGAAAAAAAUAUCAAAUGAAAUCGGUUAUACAUUAAUUUCAGAUAGUUAA